AUGUUACCAUUAUGUGCACUUUUUCUAAUUCCUCUGGCAAACGCAUGGACCUUCCGCACUACCAACGCAACUGGUGCUACUGAAAUUGCCCGCGGCAAAGAGGAACAGCAAUGCUCAAAUGCCACCAUCGGGAAAGGAAAGCUUUUCACCUGGGAUCCUGAGGGAUCUGAUCUAUGCGUCUCUAUAUACCGCGACAUCGGCUGUGAUUCACGGGCGGGAUACUCAUGCGGAAUCUGGAGGAAGAAUGCUAGCGAACAGUUUUUGGCUUUCGAUGUCCUGGUCGAGAGCGAUAUAGAUGCCAAGCACAAAACAUCUACGUUUGCUUUGACGGCGACAACUACAACAGCAACAACAUCCAAAUCCACAUCCACAUCCACAUCUUCAUCUUCAUCUUCAUCUCUGCACGCGGCUUCCGCAUCCACAACCCCCACGGGCUCUAGCACAGCAUCCGGUCUGAAUGCCAGCAGCGGGUCCUCUGACCCGUCACUCUCAGGGGGUGCUAUUGCAGGCAUUGUGGUCGGUGUUGUAGCAGCAGUUGCGAUAUUCGCCGCCUUUAUUAUCGUUUUCAUGCGAAAGAAGAACAAGAAGAAUGCCGCAGCUGUUAACCGGGACGGUGGUUACGGGCCCCAUGAGGCGGAUGCUACUGAAUCCUCGAUGGGGGAGACUACAGUUGCAGAGAAGGCAGGAAACUCAAUUGCGGAGAAGGAAGCAGAAUCUGUACGCCGAUUUAGACCUGUGCCUGGAUCGCAGGUUGUAGAAUUGGUUGGUGAUGAGGGAAGUGCCGAGCUGGGCAGCAGCCCAAUAAGUGAAAUGGAUGGGACCAGCGCAAAACGUCCAUUUAACGUGGUGUAG